GGGGAAAGAAGGUGGUUCAUCAAGAGUAAGGGCCCUUAGAGCCAAGCAUUCCAAGAUCCUGACAUACAAACUUCACCUGGUUAUUUCUGCUGAAAAAAAUUUAAGCAUUCAGAGAAACUUCUGAAGAAGCUUUCUCCAGAUCCUCCUACAGGUGACCAUGGUGAAGAGAGUGGCCAUCAUUGGAGCUGGUGUAAGUGGCUUGGCCUCCAUACGGUGUUGUCUGGAAGAGGGGCUGGAGCCCACCUGCUUUGAAAGGAGCAAUGAUGUUGGAGGUCUAUGGCAAUUCUCGGACCAUGCAGAAGAAGGCAGAGCCAGCAUUUACCGGUCUGUAUUCACCAACUCAUCCAAAGAGAUGAUGUGCUUUCCAGACUUCCCAUACCCUGAUGAUUACCCCAACUAUAUGCACCAAAGCAAGCUCCAGGAAUAUAUAAAGAAAUUUGCUCAAAAGAAGAAUCUUUUAAGAUAUAUACAAUUUGAGACCCUGGUUACUGGUAUAAAGAAAUGUCCCAGCUUCUUAGUUACUGGCCAAUGGGAAAUUCUUUUGGAAAAGGAUGGGAAGCAGGAAUCUACUAUUUUUGAUGCUGUAAUGAUUUGUUCAGGACAUCAUGUAUACCCCAAUCUACCAAUGGAUUCCUUUCCUGGCCUAGGCCAGUUUCAAGGCCGCUACCUGCACAGCCGGGACUAUAAGGGCCCAGAAAUGUUCAAGGGGAAGAGGGUCCUCGUGAUUGGCCUGGGGAACUCAGGAUGCGACAUUGCUGUUGAGCUCAGUCGUCUGGCUACACAGGUCAUUAUCAGCACCAGAAGUGGUUCCUGGGUCAUGAGUCGGGUUUGGGAUGACGGCUAUCCUUGGGACAUGGUGUAUGUUACCCGCUUUGCAUCCUUUCUCCGGAAUGCCCUUCCUUCAUUUAUCUCUGACUGGUUAUAUGUCAAGAAGAUGAACACAUGGUUUAAGCAUGAGAACUACGGCCUGAUGCCUUUAAAUAGCACCCUAAGGAAAGAACCUGUGUUCAAUGACGAGCUCCCAUCCCGCAUCCUAUGUGGCACUGUGUCCAUCAAGCCCAGUGUGAAGAAGUUCACAGAGACCUCAGCCAUGUUUGAGGAUGGGACAGUGUUUGAGGACAUCGACUUUGUCAUCUUUGCAACAGGCUAUGGGUAUGCCUACCCAUUCCUUGAUGACUCCAUCAUCAAAAGCAGAAACAAUGAGGUCACCUUGUUUAAAGGCAUCUUCCCCCCACUGAUGCAGAAGCCAACCUUGGCUGUGAUUGGCCUUGUCCAGUCCCUUGGGGCUGCCAUCCCCACAGCUGACCUGCAGGCUCGCUGGGCGGUUAAAGUGUUUUCAAACUCAUGCACCCUGCCAAAUGCAAAUGAAAUGAUGGAUGAUAUUGAUGAAAAAAUGGGGAAGAAACUCAAGUGGUUUGGCCAGAGCCACACUUUACAGACAGAUUACAUCACAUAUAUGGAUGAGCUGGGCUCCUUCAUAGGGGCCAAGCCUAACAUACCAUGGCUCUUCCUGACUGAUCCCCAGCUAGCCCUGGAAGUGUAUUUUGGUCCUUGUAGCCCAUACCAGUUUCGACUGAUGGGACCAGGGAAGUGGGAUGGGGCCAGAAAGGCCAUCCUGACCCAAUGGGACAGGACAGUAAAGCCAACCAGAACAAGAGCUGUCAGUGAAGCUAAGAGACCUCAACCCUUUUACGAUUUGCUUAAAACACUUUUAUUCCCAGUGCUUCUGGCUGUUUUACUUGCACUUUAUUGAUGAGAAAGUUCUUUGUGUCUCAGAGUUCAGCCUAGAAGUUCAAUUGCAGAUAUGUAUAUACAUAUAUUAAAUUUCAUAGCUGCUCUUUCCCUUCCUGCAGAUUUAAAGUGAA